GCUGCUCUUGCGCGGCCUCAGUAGCAGGCAGCUAGUUGUUGCUGCCGGUGCUCGAGUGAUGGGUCCCGCCGAGAUGUUGGGCUCCGUGUCGGCGCCCCAGCUCUUUUACUGGGUCGGGGUCGCCGCUGUGACUUGGCUUUCGUUGAAAAUGACGUGCCUGCUGUUGAACGGGGCGCGGGUCUUCCUAGUCGGGACCGACCUCAAGGUGGAAAGCUUCGGUCGCUGGGCAGUUGUUACAGGUGCAACCGAUGGAAUUGGAAAGGCUUAUGCAAAAGAGCUUGCCAAGUGUGGCAUGAGCAUUGUCCUGAUCAGCAGAACCGAAGAGAAACUGAAUGAAGUGGCCAAAGAAAUAAAGGAACAGUUCAAUGUUGAAACAAAAACAAUUGCUGUGGAUUUUGGAGAUGGAGCUGAGAUCUACAAGGUUAUUGAGCCUGUUCUAGCUGGACUGGAGAUAGGUAUCCUUGUGAACAAUGUGGGAAUUUCUUACAACUACCCAGAAUAUUUCUUGGAUGUGCCUGAUCUGGACAAUAUCAUUAAUAAGAUGAUCAACAUCAACGUUAUGUCUGUUUGUAAGAUGACUAGGAUGGUAUUGCCUGCCAUGGUACAGCGGUCAAAAGGCAUCAUCCUGAAUGUGUCAUCUGGUAGCGCAUUGAAUCCAGUACCCUUACUGACACUCUACUCUGCAACCAAAGCAUUUGUGGAUUUCUUUUCACAAGCACUCCAAGCUGAGUACAAGAGCAAGGGGAUCAUUGUCCAGAGCGUCCUUCCAUUCUAUGUGGCAACAAAAUUAAGUAAAAUCCGAACACCGACUGUGAACAAACCUAGUCCAGCCACCUAUGUAAAGGCUGCCUUAAGCACAGUUGGCCUUCAGACACAGACACAUGGCUAUUUACCACAUGCCAUUAUGGGUUGGAUUAUUACAUCUUUACUUCCGGUUUCUCUGGUAAUAAACCAGUCCAUGAAAAUGAACCAGGGUAUCCGUGCUCGCUCACUUCAGAAGCUUAAAGCGAAAGGGGAUUGACCAACAUUUGCAACAUGAUCAACAAGAAGCAACAUGAAAAUGAUUCCCUUGUGAAGCAACAAUAUUAUUAAGGCACUGUUUAUUGGAAUAAAGUACAAUUUGGCGAUAUUGCUCUUAGGACCAAGGCAGGAGAUGCUUUUGUUUUUAUUUGUGCACCAGAUUAUCUUCAUAUUUAGAUUGGUAAAGUCCCUGCAGGAAGAGUUUGCAAUUCAGUAAAAUAUAGCCUGGUAUGCAGAGUUCUGUCCAGGCAUUUAAUUUAACAGCACAGAUUGGCUCUGUUCUGAUGCAUUGGUGUAGAAGAAAUAAUUGCACUACUUUGGGGGGAAGAAACGGCAGUAAUUGUGAUUGAUCAGAUACAAACCUGAUCAAAUUUCCAUCUAUAUAAAUGACAGAGACUUAGUAAGACAUUAAAGAUGUCCAAAGAAAAUACUUUGCUUAAUUUUUACUCAAAUUAUAUUAAAAUGUAAUUUCUACAGCAUAAACUUUACCUGUGAAAUUAAAAGGAAAUUGCAUUUUUGCAGAUUUCUGUAUUCACAUUGCAAUUACUUAUGUUCCAUAUUGUACACAUUUUACCAAUUCCUCAGAAGCAAUUGCAUCUUCUAUAAUGUCAGGGUUACAUUCUUAUCUUCCAGGCAUACGGUAAAACUAUAAUUCACAUUUUUUUUUGUAUCUGUUCAUUUAAGUGUGUUUAAAACAGACAUUAUAUUCACAGAAAGCACUGUUAGCUGCUGUCAUGUCCAGAAAUUGAUUUUUUUUUAAACCUCUUUAGUAUGACUUGCAUUUCUCCCACAAGUGUCACCUGUCUGUCCAUAUUCUGACACAAUAAAAAACAUAAUAAUUUUAAAAUAAACAUCAAAAUUUAAGAACUUUCCAGUCAUGGAAUUCCCAAAUGAGACUUUAAAACACUGUUAAAAAACAAUGUUGAGUAAUUGAGUUAAAAGCAAGGAAAUUCAAAUGCCGGUUUACACAAAAAGGCACAGUGCCAGAGGAACUCAGCAGGACGGGCAGCAUAUCUGGAGAACAUGGACAGGUGACGUUACAGGUCACGACACUUCCUCAGACUUUUGACUCAAAAUGUCACUUAUCCAUGUUUUGUAGAGAUGAUGCCUGACCCAGCACUUUGUGUCCUUUUGAGUGGCAGGGAAAUGUAACAAAGUUGUGCUUUGCCAGAUUUGUUUCCACUAAUGUAUAUUUAAUUUGCCCCUAUGACAAAGCCAAUGUUAGUUAUUAGCACAGAUCAAAGCAUGCAUUGAAAGGGAUUUUUUAAAAUUACUACAGCUGAUUUUCCUUGGUUACAAGUUGCUGGCGGUAACUUUUCACUGGCUGUAUUUCCAAUACUAGCAGAAUCCAGUUAACACUGUUAGUCACAUAGAAAACUAAUUUUGUUUUCAGAGUUCCCCGUUCCAGCAAUAAAUAUUAAAUGGGGCAGGACAGUGAUGCAGCCGUAGAAUUGUUGCCUUGCAGUGCCAGAGAGAUCGGGUUCUAUCUUGACUAUGGGUGCUUUUAGUACGUUCUCCAUGUGACCUUGUGGGUUUUCUCUGUGCUCUGGUUUCCUCCCACAUCCCAAAGACGUGCAGGUUUAUAGGUUAAUUGGCACCUGUAAAUUGUCCCUAUUAUGUAGGAUAGAACUUGUGUUCGGGGAUCGCUAUUCGGCGAUGACUCAGUGGCCGAAGGGCCAGUUUACAUACUCUAUCUCUAAACAAAAGGAAAAAAAAAUAAUUAAUGAUUUGCCUGCAAUUAUUGUGAUGAGAGUUUAAUGUAUUUAAGAAUUUUUCUAUUAAGUGGUAUUGAAUAGAUCUCGGAUUCAAUGAAAGUUGUUUAAAGAAAUGCUUAAUCACAAUGCAAUUGUCGUGACUUCCAACUCGAGACUUAUUGAGUCAUUUGGCUGUGCUGCAAAUAUUUCACGAUCUAUUGUAAAUUGUAUUUCCAAAGAUGAUUGGUUACUUUAUAUACACCUAAACUAUAUGCUAAUUGCUACCCAGUUUUUAAGCUGCCACCAAUGUUGGCCAGUUUACGCACAGCUCUUACUGUUGGAAUUACAUUUGAAAUCAAACAAAUGGGUAUUUGUAUUGCAGUUUGUAGCUAGUAUUUAAACAAUUGUUGAAGCUUUUAAAAUCCAUUAUUUUUUUUAAUGCAUGUCUGGAUUAGUGCAAAUAACAAAUAUUAGUAACACAUGAAAAAUGUGACGUGUGAAUUGGAACAGAAGAAUCAAUACAUAGAAAAAUGUGACAAAUGUGAAUUGUGUAAAACAACUAGUAGAUUUCUUGCAUUUUGGUAUAAACACUUGUUAACUUGUUUAGUUCCUUAUGAUUAAAACAUUCAUAUCAGAUUUUCUGCAAAGGUAUUUGAUCCUAAAACACAAGCUUCAUAAAUUAGAAAGUACGAUUGGAAGAGAGAGUGAGAGAGAGGUGAUUUGUUUACAAAUGUCUCCAUGUUUUAACACUAGCUUGCCUAUAUAUUUAUGCUAAAUUCUGGAAGCACUUCUCAUAAUGGAAUUAUCACAAUUAAGUUACUGAUUACUCCCAUCCUUCCCAAAGUGUUAUUAAAAGCAUUUCUGUUACCCCAGUGUCAGCCAAGAUGUGAGAUGAUGAACAAAGUAUUGUAUGGAGUUCUUUGUCCAGUCUAUGAAUGUCUGCAAACUCUAAGUUAAGUUCUAGGUCAUAGUAAUCUAAGUUAUAAAAAUACUCUGCAAUUUUGGGUUCUCCCUGUGACUGCGUAGUUUUAACCUCGGGGUGCUCCGGUUUCCUCCUUUAUCCCAAAAACGGGUGGAUUUAUGGGUUAAUUGGCCUCGGUUAUUUGCUCCAAAUAUGUAGGGAGUGAUUGUGAAAGUGGGAUAACAUUGAACUAGCGUGAAUGAGCAAUCGUUGGUCAGCAUAGACGGUGGGUCAAAGUCAGCCUGUUUCCAAGCUGUAUCACUAAACUAAACUGGUAGAUUUGUGGGUUCUGAAUUAAGCUAUUAACUGCAAACACGAAUAGUAGAAUUGUCUUUUGCUUUACAUAUAACUGACUUAACAAAUUUUAGAUUCACUCAAAGUAAACCUGAAAUGAGAUAUUGGUAUAUGUUCAUCUAUGGCUCAUCAUGGUAUUCUUUAGUGUGUGUAAAAUAAAUUCUGGUGGCAUUCAAAGUUCUAGAUAUAGAUCUAAAUAUGCAAUACCGAUACGAUGGUGCUGAACUGGUUGAAUAGAAGUUUGGUUCAUAUGCAGAUUUGGUAAGCUGAAUAAAUGAAGGGUUUGUCUUUCUGUUCAAGGUGUGCAAGAGUGAAAUGAAUUUUGUCAAUUCAGUUGUAACUAUAUUGCAGAACUUGACUGUUUUCACCGUUUAGAGCUAUAAUUAAUGUGUGCACCUAACACAAUAAAGCAGCUGAUUUAUGAAAACACUGAUUUUGUUUUAACAUUUCUGUAUCAGGUCUUUGAAUCUUAACAUGAAAUAAAAGUUAAUUUUAUGAAUCAUAUGACACCUUCAA